AUGUCCUCCAUACCAUCCGCAGAGCUAGUUGACGGCCGCAAGACAUUCAUACCACUAGAAAACAACCCAGAAGUCCUAUCCUAUCUCUGUUCAAACCUAGGCAUAUCCCCAUCUCUCACCUUCCACGAUGUAUUCUCUACUUCUCUCGAUCUCCUAGCUCUAAUCCCCCGACCAAUAAAUGCAAUCAUCCUCCUCACAGAAUGGCCAAUCUACAACGCAACCCGGUCCGCAAUGGAACCUACCAUCCCGGAAUAUCAAGGAUCAGGUCCGAACGAGCCGGUGAUCUGGAUAAAGCAGACAAUAGGACAUGCAUGUGGCUUGAUGGCUCUCUUACACUGCAUCUUCAAUUUAGACGGGGGACGAUAUAUCCUGCCUGGUUCUACAUUGGGGAAGAUCCGGGAAGAGAGUAUACCGUUGAAGCCUCAUUUGCGGGCGAAAUUGUUAUAUGAUUCUAUGUUUUUGGAAGAGGCGCAUAUGAAGGCCGCAUCUGCGGGUGCUUCUCGUGCUCCUUCGCCUCGGGAUGAGAAUCAUCAUCAUUUUAUCGGGUUUGUGCAGAAGGACGGGGAAGUGUGGGAGUUGAAUGGGGGGAUGAAUGGUCCAUUACUGCGGGGGAAAUUAUUGGAUGGAGAUGAUUUGCUGAGUGAGCGAGGAUUGGCGAUGACUGUACAGGGCUUUUUAGAUGAAGCUGCAAAGGGGGGAUUUGGAGAGAUGAGCAUUGUGGCUAUCGCUGGUGCGGAGAGUUAG